AAUUCUGACUGUAUAUAUUAGGUUAAAACAUUACCGUCAAAGUAGCAUCUCUAGUUUCUUUUCAAUCAAUGUGUUUUCACAAAACAAUAUCUGAAAUUUAUUUACUGUAAAUUAAUAUUGUACAGUAAAAUAUUAAUUGAACAUUAUUGUUGGAUGUACGUAUAAUUAAACUAAUUUAAAUUAACUAAAAUGUUGAGCAUAAGACAGUAUGCACAACGAUUUAUAUCAAACAAAAUAUUUAACACAAAUAACUCAAAUUAUUUACCUAGUAUACAACAAAGAUCAUUCAAUUGGUUUAAAGAAGACGACGAAAAUGAUAGUAAAGGAUUUCUUAAAUAUAAUAAAACUAUUUUUCCUCCACAAAAGCCAGGUGAACCAAAAAGACCAGGUUACGUUUGUCACGUAAAAAAGAACAUAAAAUAUAGUCCGUUAAAAAUGUGGUAUGUCGCUUGUUUUAUUCGAGGUAUGAGUGUAGAUGAAGCUGUUAAACAAUUGAGCUUUUUAAAAAAGAAAGGUGCAGCAAUAGCAAAAGAUACUAUUUUAGAGGCACAACGCAUGGCUGUAGAGGAACAUAAUAUUGAAUUCAAAAGUAAUUUGUGGGUUGCUGAAUCUUUUGCAACAAAGGCUUUGGUAUAUAAAGGAAUACGACGUCAUGCUAGAGGAAGAUAUGGAAUAAUACAUUAUAGAUAUUGUCAUUAUUUUGUACGUCUAGAAGAAGGAAAACCACCAAAACAUUAUUAUCAGCCUGCGCCCAAAACUGGCGAAGAAUGGUUGCAAGAAUGGAUGGAACAAAUGCGUAACCGCAAAAUAUAUAAUUCACUAUAAUAUAUUCACAAUUAUAUCUAAAUAAAUAAUUAUUCACUGUUA